AAGAGCCAAGAAAUACAAAGUUUCUGCUCCCACAAUAUCGUCUUUUACCAACCACCAUGAUUUGCACCGGAAGACGAAGCACAUGUACCCGUGCUAUCUUCAAAAGUAUUUGAAGCAUGCAAAGAGUUACCAUCAGCCAAUAUUAUUCCUCCAACAUUAGGAUUCAGAGGGGUAGAAGUAGAGCCAGUGACACCAACCCCAAACUUCUCACCAAUGCUUGAACCCAAAAAUUUUACUACCAAUUUUAAUUCACUUCUAAAAUUCUAAACCUACCCCUAAAACCGGUUUGAUCCUGAAUCAUUUCCAUCUCCUGCCAUGAAUAGAAGACGAGGUAGAUCAGGCAGUAAACUGUCUUUAGAUGAGGUAUCCAGUGAUUUUCUCGGUAAUACCAAUGAAGAACAGUCUGCAUUGGUUUCUUCAUCUUCUUCAGGUAAAGUUAGCAAAACCCAAGUGAAAAGUUCUGAUUCUGCUAAUAGAAAUGUUAAUUCUAAAGUGGUUAGAAGUAGGAAGUCGAGAAAGGAAGUUGUUUCGGAUGAGGCUAUUUGUAUAAACAAAGAGUCAAAUUCUGAGGCUUUAGUUGCGUUAACGGCUGGAUUUCCGUCUGACUCAUUAAAGGAUGAAGAAAUUGAAGCUGGGGUUGUUAGUGUAGUUGGCGGGAUAGAACAAUGUAACUAUAUUUUAAUUAGGAAUCACAUUAUUACGAAAUGGCGUGAAAAUGUGUCGAUUUGGCUGACGAAGGAUAUGUUUGUUGAUAUUAUACCUGAAGGAUGUAGUGGGUUAUUAGAUUCUGCAUAUAACUACUUGUUAUCGUACGGGUAUGUUAAUUUUGGGGUGGCGUUGGCAAUUAAGGACAAGAUUCCAACUAGGCCAAGUAAGGGAAGAGUGAUUGUUAUUGGGGCAGGUCUUGCUGGGUUGGCGGCUGCAAGGCAACUGAUGUUGUUUGGAUUUGAGGUAAUUGUUUUAGAGGGACGGAAGCGUGCAGGUGGAAGGGUGUAUACGAAAAAGAUGGAAGGAGGGAAUAAGGUAGCAACUGCUGAUUUAGGAGGGAGUGUUUUGACAGGUACAUUAGGGAAUCCACUUGGUCUGUUGGCUCGACAGUUGUCGUAUACACUUCAUACGGUGAGCGACCAAUGUCCACUCUAUCGUGCUGACGGAAAGCCCGUAGACGAGUAUUUGGAUAAAAAAGUGGAGGUUGCUUAUAAUGAACUUUUGGACAAGGCAAGCAAGGUCAGACAAGAAUUAUCUCCGAUUAUUUCUCUUGGAGAGGCAUUGGAGACUUUGCGAAAGGAUUUUAGUGUUGCGAUGAAUGAUGAGGAGAUGAACUUGUUUAAUUGGCAUCUGGUGAAUCUGGAAUAUGCAAAUGCAGGUUUGCUUUCACAACUUUCCUUAGCAUUUUGGGACCAAGAUGACCCCUAUGAUAUGGGAGGGGAUCACUGCUUCUUGCCCGGUGAAAAUGGAAGAUUAGUUCAUGCCCUGGCUGAAAAUGUGCCUAUUAUGUUUGAAAAAACUGUGUAUGCCAUUCGUUAUGGUAGAGAUAGUGUGAAGGUGAUUACUGCGGACCAAUUAUUUGAGAGAGAUAUGGCAUUGUGCACAGUUCCUCUCGGAGUUUUGAAGAGUGGUUCUAUCACGUUCAUUCCAGAGUUGCCUCAGCAAAAACUUGACACAAUAAAAAGAUUGGGGUUUGGACUGUUAAAUAAGGUUGCAUUGAUAUUCCCGUAUGUGUUUUGGGACUCCAAUAUUGAUACAUUUGGUCAUGUUGCUGAUGAUUCUAGUUCUCAGGCUGAUGGAAAUCCUGUAGACGAGCAUUUGGAUAAAAAAGUGGUACUUCCGGAUAAGGCAAGCUCAGGCAAGAAGUUUUCUCAGGACUGGAAGCAUAGAUCCAUAUCGUCAUUACAAGAAUAUUCAAACUUGGAGGAAGUGAGAUCCCUUACCACAAACCAGUAGAAGGGUCAAUUUCUUACUUGCCAGAGCCUAGAGGCGUAGAGCUAAAGCAGCUCGCAAUUACAUUAGUUCUGAUAUCCCCAACAGAUAAAGUGGUUCCAUUGCCGCUGUCAAAUUU